AAUCGUCUGCUGCCGCCGCGUCACUUCCCGCGCAAUGCAUGCCACUGGAUGAUGUGCCUCAGAAUGCAACCAGUGGCAAUCAGGCAUAUGCCACUGAAUAGCUUAAUGAAUAAACACGGUCUCGAGGGCGGAAGGGAUACAAUAAAGUAACAUCUAACCCAACCGUCCACCGACACAGCUUCUGGCGUCUAUUUAUCCAUCACCUGAACUACUGGAUGCUGCUUGUUUUGAGUGCCACCUUAUCCAUGUAGAACACGAGGCUGUCUGUAGCAAGAACAUUGCCUGGAAUUCUGUGCUUCUUUCUUAUCGUUUCUGACUGAUUUUCCCAGUUUUUGGGGAAGGACAAACCCAUGAUCAUGUGGACUCGUAUGUAUUCCAGGUCGAUGAUUUUCGGCAUGAAAAAAGCUCGGCCGCAGCGGCGCAAACGUGAGAAAGAACCUCACCACUUCCAUGGGAGCAAGUCAUUCAAUUUAUGGGCAAUGGUAAUAGGUAUCGGAACUCUGGCAUUGGCUUUUCUUAUUGGUGGGAUCGUACUGUGCGUAUUAGGCAGCAAAGAAGGGGGACACGGAUUUUUCUACGUGAUCGGGGGAAUAACACUGGUACUGUCCGUCAUAUUAGUUAUAGUCUUGGUGAUACGAUUUAGAUUAAUGAAAAGACGGAUCGGAAGGCGGAGACGGUUUAUUGCUCUGAAUGCGGCCGAAGAAGCAGCCCAAAAGGCAGCAGAGAACGAGGCGAAAGAACGCAAAGACGGGGACACCGACGAGGAAGCCAACCAACAUGAUCGUGAAGAAAAACACCAUAAAAAGCGCCAUAGAAAACGCCACGGUCAUGAACACGAUGAUGUUAAGCACAGAAAACACCAUGAUCACAUUGAGGAUCACCUAGAAGAACAGAGACACGAUUGGGAUGAGGUGGCGAAUGAAUGGGAAAAUGAGGAAAGCGAGGAAAAUGUCGGAAACCGAGAUGAUAUGACGAAAAAGGAAAAUGAAGGAAACGGAGCCGUUGUAACGAACGCGGAGAAUGUACAUGUUGUACACGUUGAAGAUAAUAAGGCGAUAACUCGUAAACAAAAAGAAAAGGAGGAGAGAAGGUUGUCCCAGACAGAUGUAGAACGAACCGAAGAAGCAACAGCGAACCGACCUGAGGAAAACAAAGAGGAUAGAACGAACCAGGGCUGUAGCUGAUGAGCUACUCGUCAAGUUGGUGCUUAGAUUAUCUUGCCAUGAAUUGGCUUUUGGCAGCCGUUGAUGCUGAGCAACCGUGGCCUGCUUUUGAGGUCAAAUCCGACGCUGAUGAUGAUGUGAUAUCAGGAAAAGUUGGCUGGUUGGUUUGAGGAGAUUCUGGUGAUUGAAAUAGAGUGGCAGCGUCUAUUGAUGAUACCUUCCCUUACGUUUUUCGAAAGUUGUUUCUUUAGGAAAACGGGAUACAUUUUGUCAUGCAAUAUGAGGCAAUUUGAAAUGGAAUUAACUUGAUCAUCAGGACUGUUUGGUAACUCGUUUGUUCUGAACUUUGGCAGUGCGGCAUUCUCCAAACGAGCUGAGGUACAGCGAGAAUAGACGAGGAAGAAUUAGUAGGAUGUUUUAGUCUUGGCAGGGUCAGAACCGUGUUCUGAGAAUAAUCUGUUCCGAUUAACUUGGAAGCUGAUUAUUGUACUGUAGGAAUGUGAUUUUAACCCUGAUGAAGUUAUCAUCGACAGGAUUUUAUCAUUCGUUCCCAUUUUCCAUGACUUUCAAAUGCAUUUUUUAAAACUUCUAAUUCCACUACCCGUUGGUCAACCAGAGAGGGAAGGUUGCAGGCCUAAUUAUAUCAAAUCUUUCUCUACCUCUCCUGUUCUUCUUCGAUGCCUGAUUCCACAAGUGCAGGGCGGCCUCAGGGGUAUAUGGUAUAGUUUCUGUUAAUCUAAAUAACCAGAGAGGCUGACCAUAGUUUCCACCGUGGCAGUUGCAGUGGGAAAGUACCCACGAGGAAUAAGGCCAUGAUAAUCUUUUUCGAGGUAAAUGCAGGUUUUAGAGUGCAUAUGUAUAUAUUAUCGCCAUGUUAUACGCACAAACUACGACAAAACAAAUGAUACAUUUGCUACAUUUGUUACAUUGCAGAUUUGGGGUUCUGGGGCACUUACCACUUUCGACGAGAAAAUAGAUGGCUUGCGAAUACGCAACGGACUGUAUGUUGAUACUACCCAAAUAUUUAUGACUCCCACCGGCAACUGGAGUUUACCAUGACAUAGACUCUAAAGCCGUUUUUUAAUCACACAAUUGAAAAAAAUCAAAAUAUCAUGGACAUUGUAAGACAACUUCAAGUAGAUUGCUUGAAUAAGUUUCUAUUUUGACUUUUAUUUCAUAGAAAACUCCAAUUGCCUUUGGAAAGGCUGAUAAAAUAGCCCGGCAAAGACUUUUAAAGCAAACCAUCUAUUGAAGACCGCACGCGGCUACGGUGAGAAGCAUGUAACGUUUUCCCCUUUGAAUGUUAUGACAUGUCAGGGCAUGUCCAAGAUUCCGAGCAGAUGGGAUCUGAAUGCAUAUAGAAGUUUAAAACCCCUCUGCGGGAGCGCGAGUUGUCGGUGAUGGUUGGCCGCUUUUAGCGUCGUCUGGCGAGGCAAUGGGAAGCUACAGAAACACCGUAAAUGGCAGCAACAACCAGAUGAGGGUUGUACAAAACUGACAUAAUGUUACCCUGGACCGCAUGUUUUUCAUCGUUUAAGUUCUUUUACAUGCCAAUUUCUUGAUCAAUAAAUUUUCU